CCUAAGCUUCGGAAGGUGCCUGCGUGUAGCAUAAAUCACUUCGCUUCCAAGCUACUCAAGAGUCUGCACAUUUGGUUUUGAUUUCCCUGAUCGCUUCUAUAUUUAAUAAGCGACUGAUUUUCAGACACUAUAUUUAAAAACGUAUCGUACUCACCAUUCGUCACUUUCCUGAUUGAGGCGGCCGCGGCGCACAGGCUCUUGAUUCUCUUCCAACUCUCGCCCUGUAUUCUCGGUUCAUCCUGGCGGUUCAAAUCGCCAGGGCCCAAUUUUACUAAUAGGUUCAUAAAUUCUUUCAUUAUCUUCACCCUCUAUAAAGGCCUCAGAAUCGGAAUAAUCGGACCCAGAAGAAGAACUGCUUUCAGUUGAGCUACUGUCCGCCAUAUUUACGUUGCUUAGUUUACACACGUGUGACGUAUCAGGUCUCAUGAUCAAAAUUGAAGUGUUUAUGGCGGAUAACUCACGAAGCUGUAUUUAGGACAGUUUUCCCGGCAUUCGAAGCACCUUAUUUCUGUUUCAAUUUGUUACCUGAGGUAUUUAGACGGUAUUCCGAAAAAGUGACCUUCUAGCCGUCAGUUACCCUUUAAGUUUUACGAGACGCACCGGAAAACCAUCUCAGAUCAAAAUGAAACUGCUAUUAAUAGCAUGGGUUGUAGCUUCAGUCUUUGUGCAAGGAUGGUCGAUCACGUGCUAUCGUUGUGGUGGAGCUGCACCAAGUUGUGAGGGGUCUGGUAAAGCGACAGUAAAAUGUGAUGAUUCAUCCAUGCCUGGUUCUGUGUUCGCCUGUCAAGUGUACACAGUCAAUUUUACUUCAUACAACACGAUCAAAGUGUUUAAAAGUUGCUGCUUGUACGAGGACUGCAACAAAGAUCCUUGUAAGCUGUUUGGGGAAAAAACAGUCUGCUCUAAGAUGGCCAGUUGUCAAGAAGACAAAUGCAACUUCGACUACGACUCUGCCAAGGCUUCCCAGCCUCCAACGCUCCCCUCUGAGGCUAACAGCGUUACAACGGGAAAAGUCCUGGGAGCGACCCUUGUAUUGGCAGUUAGUUUUUCAUUUCUCAUUUAAGUAUUUCAAAACUUUUCUUUGGCAGGUAUCACUUAGAGAUAAGCUUGCAGCGUUUGAUUUAUUGCACGGUGUUUAA